AUGAAUCUUUUUAUUGAAUAUAGUUAUCGUUCACUUGUUGAUCAAUAUGACGCUUGUUCAUUUGGUGAUGUACUUUAUUCAAAUUAUCUUCUUGUUCCAUUACAGCAAAUGUAUGAUGUUCAAUUACGAAAACAUGUUUGGAUUGAACAUUCAACUAUAUUAAAAUAUCUUCGAUUAAAACCUGAUCAAAUUUUAUUCUCACUUGAAACAUUCUUUAUACCAUAUGAAAAUGAACUUGAAUUAAUUCGUUACUAUGCUCAAAUAUUAUUAAAUGGAACUGUUAAAAAAACGAUUCAACCAUUAUUAUAUAUGAUUGCUGUACAUCAUCUCAAUGGAUUUCUAUUUGAUCAAACACGUACUGAACAAAAUAAUUUACAACGAAUUAUUGUAAAAAAUUUACAAAUGACAUCAACAAAUGAUAAGAUAUUGUAUGAUGAAAUUAUUAAUUAUAAAACAUUUUCAAGAGAUGGACCUGUGAUUUUUACAACUUUGCCAGUUAUUCGCAUGAAUUGGUUACAAAAACUUGUGGAAUAA